AUGAUCUCGGAUAACGCGUCAACUUACUUAUCGGCUGCAGACGAACUCAGAGCUCUCUUCAAUUCACAAGCACUGCACGACUCUCUCAGCAAACGAGGAGUAGAAUGGCAAUUCAUUCCGAAAAGGGCGCCUUGGUUUGGAGAAUUCUGGGAGAGCUUGAUUGGUCUAACCAAAACCACCUUGAAGAAGAUCCUUGGACGCGCAUAUAUAAACCUAGAGGGCCUACAAACGAUCAUAGUCGAGAUCGAAGCUGUCCUCAAUGACCGCCCUAUAACAUAUGUCACAUCCGAAGCCGACGAUCCGGAACCCUUGACACCUUCCCACCUUCUCUACGGACGACGCGUCAGAAGAUUACCUCGCCUAAUGGUUGAAGUAGAGGAACUACACAAUCCCAACUUCGACGACGAUUCCGAAGUUCGAGAAAGAGCCAGGAAACAAUCGAUAAUAAUACAAUCUUUUGGAUGCGGUGGAGGCACGAGUAUCUCACCUCACUUCGUGAAUUCCACAAAACAACAGGGACAAACGAACAGAAAGUCAAGCAAAUUGACGUUGUGUUAGUUCACGAUGACGGUCCCAGAGCCAACUGGAGACUUGCCGUAAUUCAGAACCUCGUUAGUGGAAACGAUGGACUGAUUCGAUCUGCCGAUAUUCGUACUAGCACUGGUAGGACCAACCGACCUAUUGCUCGUCUCUACCCUCUCGAAGUUUCGACCAAACAGGAAGCAAAACCCAUCCUAUCAUCAGAGAAACCACCACCAGCCUCGGAACCCCCACAUCGCCCGAGGAGAGAGGCUGCUGUAAGAGGACGCGAACGAAUUGCACGUUGGACACAGAAACUUUCCCUCCCCCCAGAGGAUGUCGAGAAUUAUGCAUAG